UAUAAAGGAACUUUCUAUAAUUAUUGUCUCUUUUACGGCAUUAAAGUCGGUUUAUUCGCUAAACCGUUGCAAUCUCGAGAGCGAAUUUGCACGUGUGCUUGUGUGCUCGUUAAAAUCAGCAGCACGAACAAGCGUGAUUCCCCGAAUUCUGCAUACCGAAUCGGCAUUUCUCGCAUUCGCAUAUCUCUUCAAGUAUGCUCGAGAAUUCAAUUGAGUAAACACUCAUUACAACGGCAUUACUCUCGGAGGAAUUCAUCGAGUGUUAAGAUGACGGUAUCCGGAGAACUUAAUGACGGAAAUCGAUGAGCUCGAUCUCCUAAAAUCUAGUCGAUCGUUUUUUUUCUAAAGCGCAAGUGGAUUUUGCACGGUAACAUCUCUAAUAAUAAACGAAGGUAAAAUGGCACAUCCAUCGAGUUACCUUCUCGUGAUCCUACUUGUCGCCUGCGCGAUACUCGCGGAGAAGGAAUCGAACAUCCUCAAACUAAGCAAACCGCAGAAAUUUGCUUCAAUCGGGACGAAGAUGUCAAACUUUAAUACAACGGAGUACGCGAACGAGAAGAAUGAAUCUAGGAAGCCUUUAAUUGCCUUCAGCAAAAAUAAUCCGGAACUAGAUUGGAAAAACUACUUGAAAAUGUUCGACAGGAGCGAGGAGGAGCAUCGGGAUCUCGACAUCGAUUUCAUGAAGGAGAAACUUGAAAAAACAGCUAACAGUAUACAGUGGCUUGCCGAUCUUUACGAUCCUCUUAGGUGGGCCAGAGUGCCUGGGAAACUUCAGGACGAGUGUCGAAGGGAUAUGGAAAGGUUCCUCGGCGCGCUGAGAAACGGGAAAAUCUGGGCCGCGAAGAUGUCGGACGCGAGCGGCCGCUAUUCCUCGCAAUUCCAUUUUGGUAACGGCUUCUGGUUGGGCUCGAGCACCCUUUGCAAGGAGCUCAAUGUCACCAACGGAAAAAGCGUAACAGACGACAACGAGCAGCCACCUUUUCCUCUCAAAUUCCACGUUGCGAGGCUUUAUUUAAAUCUCCCGAAGGAAGUCGAUUUUUCGACACGUCAGGUGUUUUUGGGUCUCUGCCUGCCAGGUACAUGCGACCGCGCAUCCCUGACCUCGAUGCUAAGGGCCAGCGCUGAUAGAGUCGAACGCGAGGGCAAUUCGACCUAUCGAUCGAGCGGCCCGAAGAUUCACAUUGUUACGGUGAAGCCCGUGCCAUCUAGCAAUUACUGCGCCUGGCAGGAUCCCAAAUUUUACGUGCUCUCAGCCAUUGGCGGCGCGAUAUUGAUGUUGAUGAUCUGCGCAACCGUGUAUGAAUAUAGAUCAUUUUCCCCGAUGGGGGACAUCGAGUCAUCGAGCGUGUCGAAUAACAAUGACAAGACCAACGAUUUUGUGGAUAAGAAUCUGAAUCAAGACCGCAGGAUCUCAAUGGGACAGGAGAACGGUCAGGAGCUGAUCGAAAAGGGGACGAAGCAUCCGCAAAAAGAGAACCCUAUUCAGGGGAAAAAUGAAGGCGAAGGAUUCUGGCUGAGAUGCUUGCUCGCGUUCAGCCCCACCGUCAACGGAAGUAAGAUCGUUAGCACCGAUCCUGCGGCCAAGGAUAGUUUAACUUGUCUUCACGGUCUUCGGGUAUUCUCGUUGGGAUGGGUCGUCAUGGUGCACACGUAUCUCCAAGUUUUUUCCAUCGCGGAGAACAAGACACUGCGAACAGUCACGGAGAGGAAUUUCAUGUUCCAGACCAUCAGCAACGCAACAUUCUCCGUAGAUACUUUCUUUUUUAUCAGCGGUUUAUUGGUGACUAUACUCUUCUAUCGAUCACUGGGUAAUCUGAAUACGGAAAAGGGCAACUUCUUGAAGACAAGUUCCACCAAAUUCGUUAUCAUGAUUCUGUAUCGAUUUGUCAGAUUGACACCGGCUUAUCUCUUUGUGUUGGGAAUAAACGAGAUCGCCAUAAAGCACGCUCAGGCGAAGACAGUCUUUUCACCUGUUAUUAUCGAUCAUCUAACCUGUGAGAAAUUCUGGUGGCGAAAUGCGCUUUAUUUGAACUCGCUAUAUCCGCGCACGGAAAUGUGUAUGCUGUGGAGCUGGUAUAUGGCCAACGACACGCAAUUCUACGUCCUUGGGAUACUUCUUCUUUUGCUCUCCGUGAAAUAUUUCAAGACCGGGGUCGUUAUCGUUUUUCUUUUGAUCGCCUCUUCAUGUUUCACUACGUUCUCCGUAGCCUACAGCAACGAUUACAUAGCCAGGAUCCAGGAGCCAUUUGCCCUUUUCGAUGAGCUCUACGACAAACCCUGGUUAAGAGCGGGCCCGUAUUUUGUCGGCACAAUCACUGGAUAUAUCCUCUUUAAAACGAAAUGUCAAUUAAAGUUACCUACGGGUGCAGAGUUAAUCGGCUGGGUAUUAUCCGCAAUGAUUAUGUUUUCGGUGGUAUAUGGACUGUAUCCCGGAAAUUUGACGGUAAUGGUGAGCUCCAUAUAUGCGGCCUUGGCUCACACCGCGUGGGCGAUGGCCGUGGCUUUUAUCGUGAUCCAAUGUUGCACAGGAUCGGCACGAAUGAUUGACAGUUUACUCUCGCUAAGACUAAUGUAUCCGCUCUCGAGACUCACAUAUUGCACCUAUCUAGUGCAUCCUGUUAUUAUGAUGAUCACGAGUACACAAAUGGAUGGGCCGUUACAUCUUCACAAUGGGAUCGUCCUCAUCGUCUAUUUCGGUAACUUGGUAGCCUCGUACCUGCUGUCAUUCUGUAUUUCCCUAGCCUUCGAGGCACCAGUGGUAAACUUAUUGAAAAUAGCAUUCACCUCGCAGAAGAGGGUGAGAUAAAAUGCGAUCGUUUGCUUGAUAAAAGGACAAAUGCGAUUGUUUAACGCGGUAAGGGAUGUUGUUCCGAAUUUCAAGCUCAACUGGAAGAUGAAUUAUUGACUACUUCUUUGGAACGUAUUCAUGACUAUAAAUUGAGGAUAUUCGAUAGUUUUUAAUAAUAAUAUCAUACAUGAAAAGUCUCUCGGUGACAAUUCAUCUCGUGAAACAAUCUUAAAUCCCCUUAAAGUUUCUCUCCUAACAGAAAUUACUCAUAAAUCAAUUUACUGUUAUUAAUGAGUGAAGAAGGGACAACAAAAUACUAAACAGCUUUUCCAAAUGUGGCAAUCAAUCAUCGCAGAAAUAAAACAAUACAGUCAAUGUAAAAAGAUUAAUUAAAAAUAACUGAGAAAUAUAAUUCUCUCAGUUUUGCAGGAAUUUCUCGAUUUUAUGAUUGCAGUCUUUUGCAGAAACGAUACGAUAGAAUUGAAAUAGCUGAAUACGCAAAUUCUCUCCAAAUCUUGAUACGGGAUUACGAUUAUGAAUUAAACAGUACGAUUCUGAUAAUGCGAGUAUCGUUUAUUUACAUAAUAGAUAGGAAGACAUUCUCCGUGCCCAGCAAAGCGUAAAUCGUUGGUUAUGGAAUAUAAAGUCACGUAAGCUAAGAAAUUAUUUUUUCGCGCCGUACAUAUCUACACGAAUCUUUCGUGUCGAGGAAAAAUCUAGCCAUAAAUAUAUAUGAGGUAAUGUAUAAUAUGAAGAACGCUCAAGUGUGCAACACGUUGGAGAUACAUUGUAAUAUGUAUCGAUCUUUUGUAAUUUCUUGUGUGAAUAAAAAAUAAAGAAAGGCUGACUAUGGCAACAUUCAAACUGAACAAUACUUUUAUCGUACAAUUGUCAGUGUAUAAUCGAACAAUGUAUAAUAUAUGCAAUAAUAAAUUCAAUCGGGAGAACAGCGUGAAAAGAAGCAUGUGUGACAUUCAUCAUUUUAGAAUGUAUGCAAAUCAUGCAACA